UUCGCUUGGGAUUAAUAAAUCAAUUGUGAAUACGCCAUAAAGUAUGUACCUGAUGCCUAGAAAGUUAACGCAUCAUGUACUUACUUACUUGCGUUCACGUCCAUGACUCGUCCAAAGCCGGCAGACUAGUACCCAGCCUCCAUCUCGAAGCAAAAGCGAAUUGAAGAAGACUACAUGCACGCGCUUAUCAGGAUUCAGGACUGAACCUUCCAAUGAUGAUGACCAUUGGCCGCCAGCCAAAUGGAUAUGCUAGCUUUGUAAAACCCAUUCCAUUGACGCUCGCAGACAAAACUAAAAAGCCGGCCCACAUGAUCAAUCCCAACCCUCCAUUCCAUUCGAUCUUGAAUUCCCAGACAAACAGCUAUUGCGCUACUACCUAGCUAGCAAAGGUCCGAAGACUCAGAACCCACAGAGCCACGUUCAGACGUCUCCAACCCAAAUGGCUCAUUUUGUUGGCAUCCUUGUCGUUCUAUUCGCUGCGCUCUCGUACACUGCGGCCGAACCCACUGCUGACCGCGCCGCGCUGCUCGAUUUCAUCUCGAAGACGUUGCACCCGACCAAGCUCCGAUGGGACAACACGACCUCCACCUGCGAUUGGACUGGCGUAACGUGCGACGCCAACCGCUCCUCCGUCGUCGCCCUUCGCCUCCCCGCCGCUGGCCUCAUCGGUUCCGUUCCUAACGGAACUCUCGCCCGCCUCGCCUCCCUCCGUGUUCUCUCCCUUCACUCCAACCGCCUCUCUGGUCCCCUCCCUUCCGACCUCUCCUCACUCUCCUCCCUCCGCCAUCUCUACCUUCAGGACAACCGCUUCUCCGGCGACUUCCCUCCGUGGAUCCCGGCGCUGACUCGUCUCACCCGGCUCGAUCUAUCCAAGAAUGCUUUUGACGGCGAGAUACCCCUCGGCGUCAACAACCUCACCCGCCUCACCGGGCUUUUUCUCCAACAGAAUAACUUCUCCGGCGAGCUCCCAUCCAUUAACAUUCAGAAACUCGGUUCCUUCAACGUGUCCAAGAAUCAACUUUCUGGAUCGAUCCCGGAGAGCCUGUCCAUGUUCCCUGUGUCUUCAUUCGCCGGGAACCUCGAUCUCUGCGGCAGCCCGCUCCCGCCCUGCAGCAGUCCUGUCCUUCCAUCUCCGACGCCGGCACCGUCCUCCACAUCCCGGAAAUCUUCUGGAAAGCUAUCGACGACGGCGGUCAUUGGGAUCUCCGUGGCAGCGGGGUUGGUGGGACUAUUGCUGCUGUUGGCUGUGUUCUGGUGGUGCUUGAUGCGGCGGAAAAGAGGGAAACGAGUGGAUAGACGGAAACCGUCGACGGCGAGUCUGGCUGCAGGGGGAGGUGUGACUGAGGGAACGGUGUCAUCGUGGUCAUCAUCAAAGGAUACGGGGAGUGGGCUUGGUGAAGCAGCGAAGAACCGAUUGGUGUUUGUAGAGGGAGCAGGGUACAGCUUUGAUCUGGAGGAUUUGCUGAGGGCGUCAGCGGAGGUACUCGGGAAGGGGAGUAUGGGGACGUCGUACAAAGCGGUGCUGGAGGAGGGGACGACGGUGGUCGUUAAGCGGCUCAAGGAUGUGGCCGCCUCUCGGAAGGAGUUUGAAACCCACGCCGACAUACUCGGCCGCGUGGCGGAGCACCACAACGUGCUGCCUGUUCGGGCUUACUAUUAUUCUAAAGAUGAGAAGCUCGUCGUCUACGACUACCUCCCCGCCGGCAGCCUCUCUGCGCUUCUACACGGAAGUAAAGCGCCCGGACGGACACCGAUGGACUGGGGUGGCCGCCUUAAGGUCGCCGUGGCCGGAGCCAGAGGUCUAUCCCACAUCCACAACUCUGCCAAGAUACCUCACGGCAACCUCAAGGCCUCCAACAUCCUCCUCCGCGAUGACCCAUCCUCGGCCGCCAUCUCCGACUUCGGCCUCUACCCGUUCUUCGCUUCUUCCGGAUCACCUCCUUCCCGUCUCGUUGGUUACCGCGCGCCGGAGCUCAUCCAGACCGGGCGACCCACGUUCAAGUCGGACGUGUUCAGCUUCGGCGUUUUGCUCCUUGAACUGCUGACUGGGCGCUCGCCCAACCACACUUCUUUCGUCGUCGAGGAAGGUGUUGAUUUGCCACGUUGGGUGCAGUCCAUUGUGCGGGAGGAGUGGACCGCGGAGGUGUUUGAUGCGGAGCUUGUGCGCGGUUACCCGGGUGUGGAGGAAGACAUGGUGCAGCUCCUCCAGGUUGCCAUGUCCUGCGUUUCCACAAUGCCGGAUUCACGGCCGGACAUGUCCGAAGUUGUGACCAUGAUCGAGGAGAUCCUUAGUCAGUCGGAGUUCGUCGACGGGCUUCGGCGGCACUCGUCGGAUGAGACAUCCAUGGGUUCGCCUUCCCCGGCCCGAGAAGCGAGUCUUUGGGUUGAAGAAUAAUUAAAUAUUCAAAUUGUUGAUUUAUCUUUAUUUAAUUAAUUCAUUAGUAGUAAGUAAUUCCCUCGGCCCCUAGCUCCAAUUUUCUUUUGUUUUUUGGUUAAGUUAUUUAUUUCAACCUCGUCGUACAUAUGUUGUAUUUUUAUUUUAUUAAAAACUUAUGGUACCGAUCGUUGUGAUUAUCGUGCAUAUAUAAACUUAACUGCUGACGUUGAUAAAA